GUUGCGAAGCGCUGCGUAGCUCUUCAAUUAUCUAUGGCUACAUUUCGAAGAUUGUGCAGCUCCACAUAGACCCUCAUCUCAACGCAGCACGGGGAAGGCUUAGUGUUGCGUUUGCGGUGUUGACUAUCGUUAAUCAUCCAUCAGUCGGGGACCCGUGUAUAUAAAAAAGUCUCUUUUCUACUCGUUUCUACACUGUAUGGAAGCGUACUUUUCACAGGUGUGCGGCUGAAACAAUAAAAAGGAAUACAUUGCCCGUUUGUUUGCGGUUCAGGUUCCAAGCUCCCGUUUCGCCGUUCCGCCGCUUCGCUAGUCUCCUAGUAAUACUCGUCGAAGCAUGUGUGUUUCACGACAGUAGGCAAGAGAAGCAAAUCUAUAUUUUUUCCCCUCUCCUCUCACGCCUAUCAUAGCAAGUAAGAAGUAGUUCUUCAACUGCAGCUCUUUCUUUUUUAUAUUGAGGUGGUAGGUUUCAGCUAGCGUUAUUUCUCUUUUCUCUCUCGUCUUUCUCCUGUUAGCUCAAUUACAUCGCUAUCGUGUUUGUUGUUUUUUGCAAACCGUAUUAAUUUAUUUGUUGUCGAACAAAGACCUCUUUUUUCUUUUUUCUCUCCACCUUCUUUCACACCCACGAUGCAUCGUCGCACCUUCCACCUCCUUGGCGCGCCCUAUCAGCGCACCAGUCCACUUAGCCCACACCAGGUGCUCGGUGUGGCUCCAGGGACCCCCUUCGAGGAGAUCCGCCACCGCUUCCACGAGCUGACACGCAAGUACCACCCUGACAUGCAGGACGGCGACCCCGUGAAGUUCCGCGAGAUCAACACCGCCUACCGUCUUCUGCGGGCCGAGUACCGCAGCCACAACGCAAACCCCACCGGCACUUCAGGUGACGGCGCGGCCAACUCCACGCGCUUCCACCGCGGCGCGGGGUCGAGCCAAAAAACCACGCCGACCGGUGGCGCCUUCUGGGAGGAGCGGAAUGCGCGCGUCCGCCAGGAGAACGACCGGCGCGAGAAGGAGCGCUGGGCGCGGCAGGAGAACGAUCGCCGCCGCACCCACCACAAGCGAACCCUCUUCCGUGAAUUUCUCUUCCUCUUCAGCGGCUCUGAAAUUGCGAUCUCGCUCGCCACCGUCGUGGCCGUGCUGCUCUACAGCGUGGAGCGCUACCACACGGUGAAUCGCAUGCUGGAGGAAAAGCGCCUGCACUUGAAAAGCAUGGAUGAGGGCCUGCCGCCGCCCAUGCCGAUGAAGCUGGAUAAUGCGCUAGAGAAGAAGUACAGCCAGCCGCCGGAGUCGACGGAGGUGCAAAUUGAUGCGCUGCGCAUCCGCGAGGAGUCGAUGUACCGCCGCGCCACGCAGCGCAAGUUUGAAGACUUCCGCGAGUUCAUGUUUGUCUACGACCCGGAAGCCAUCGCCUCACGCAGGGUGACGUCGAACCGGUUUAGCUACCAGUACACAAACGAGAAGGACAUCCCGAAGCGGUGUCCCAUCGUGCGGCAGUUCAACUCGGAGCAGCGAACGGAGAACUACAGCACCAUAGAGAGAGAAUUGGAGAAGACUAUUCGCGAGACCCCGUGGGUCUCACCGGAUGCGGGAUACGCGGGGGCGCUGAUCGCAAAGGGCCUCAACAGUGUCGCCGCCAACAGCCCCAACACUACGAAGUGGACGUUCAUCGAGUAUACCGAUAUGGAUCAAGGGUCUAAAGGUGCCUCUACCACCUGUCUCGCCGCCAUUCGAAAUCUUCGCUUUGAUCAGACCGGGAUGUGUCAGCGGGUGGCGGUGACUGGGAAAUCGGAGCUGCAGCCCGAACUGGUGGCACAGCGCGAGCAAAACUUGAAAGAAGGAAAACUGAAGAAGCGUUCACUGGUGAAGGGUGGUGCGUUACCGCUGAAGGACCUGUCUGUUCCGCUGGAGAUGAUGAAGCUCUAA